AAUUUAUAAUGAGUGAAGGAAAGUAAUUUUAACAAAUUCAAUAAUAAAAUGAAAUCCUUAUUGGAAUGCCUAAAUCAGGAAAUCCUUGGAAGAAACUUUCAACUAAGUAUGAAUAAAUCAUGAUAAAAUUAGAUCAAGUUCAAGAAAUAAAAAAUUUCAUAAAGUUUCAUGGGAAGAAAAGUAAAAAUAAAGAUAACAAAAGAAAGAAUUACAAGAAUAUUUGAAAGAAUAUAAGGCUGAAAAGGAGAAAAAGGUAUUGGUUUGAUUUAAAAAAGAUUUAAGAAGAAAAAUUGAGAAAAAAAAAUAAAAAGAAAUAAGAUGAAUUAAAUAAAUAUAAGACUGCUGAUCUUUAAAUAAUAAAAGAAUCCAAAAAUAUUAAAAAAUGGACCAAAAAAGCACGUAAUACUUUGGUUAAAUUGCCUGCUGAAAUAUUUGAAUAAUUACUUGAAAGAUAAAGAAGAAAAUGA